GUCUGGAUGCUGUAGCCCAGGAUCGGGCUCGCUCUGACUUCCUCCCUUGACUGUUUGUGUGUGGAUUUGUGUGUUUUUUGUGUUGUGCGUGUCUGGCGAGCAGACAUGGGGCCCUCAUUGCGCUGUAGGAUUACUGUGUGCCUGGCCCUCACCUUGGCUCAGGUGAUUGCUGUGAGCUGCCAAGAAGAUAACAAGAACGACAGCUGCACACACAUGGGACACCUCUACUCCAACAAUCAGAUAUGGAGCCCAGGGCCGUGUCGAGUGUGCGUGUGCGAAACGGGCACCGUGGUGUGUGAGGACGAGCUGUGUGAGGAGCUCAGUGGCUGCCAGACAGCUGUGGUUCCUGAGGGCGAGUGCUGCCCCGUGUGCUCCACUGCGGCGGCACCGGCUCGUGGUACAGACACUGACGCAGAUACCUGCACAGAAAAUGGCACGACCUACUCCAACUAUCAGAUUUGGAGUCCAGAGCCAUGUCGAAUCUGCAUGUGCGACACAGGGACUGUGGUGUGUGAGGAAGUGGUGUGUGAAGAGCUGGGGCACUGCCCGACAACUGAGGCCCCCGAGGGCGAGUGUUGCCCCGUGUGCUCCACAGCAGCAGCAGCAGCAGCACCACCACCACCACCUCCUCCUCCUCCUCCUAGCACGGACAAUAAAACUGAUUCCUGCACAGAAGACGGCAAAGUCUACUCCAACAAUCAGAUAUGGCACCCAGAGCCAUGUCGUGUCUGUAUAUGUGAUACUGGGACAGUGGUUUGUGAGGACGUGGUGUGCGAGGACAUAGGUGACUGCCGGACCACAGAGAUCCCAGAGGGCGAGUGCUGCCCCGUGUGCUCGGCUGCGAACGUUCCAGCUGAUACCUGCACAGAAAAUGGCAAAGUCUAUGCUAACAAUGACAUGUGGAACCCGGAGCCUUGUCGGAUCUGCGUGUGUGACAUGGGGACCGCCGUGUGUGAGGAGGUGAUUUGCGAGGACCUCGGUGACUGUCCGAAAACUGUGACCCCAGACAACGAGUGCUGCCCCGUGUGCUUGACCGCGGCCUCGUCAUCCACUCCCAGCACUCACGACGCACCAGCAGCCGAUGAAUAUAAAGAGGAAAGCUGCAUUGUGGAGGAGGAGGUUCACCAGCACAACGACAUCUGGAAACCAGAGCCCUGUCGUGUCUGCGUCUGUGACAAUGGCGUAGCCAUCUGCGACGAGGUGAAGUGCGAAGUUCUGCCAAAUUGCGGGAAGGUCAUCACCCCUGAGGGAGAGUGCUGCCCCGUGUGUGACAGCUUUGCCAGUGCAAGCAGGAUGAUUGAAAUAAUGGGCUUCAAGGGACAGAAAGGCGAACCGGGUGAUAUUCCAUAUGUGGUCGGGCACCCUGGACCUCAAGGACCAUCGGGUCCUCCAGGAAGUCAAGGUCCCACUGGACCAAGAGGCUUUAAAGGUAGACGGGGAUUCCAGGGGCCUCCAGGAUUUGACGGAGAGCCUGGUAUUCCAGGAAAUCCAGGUCAAGCAGGACCCCCAGGCCAGGUGGCACCCCCUGGGGGAAAUCUAGCAUCGCAAAUGGCUUUAGGCUUCAACGAGAAGUCUACUCUGGCUGGCAUGGUGUCAGGAUCCAGGGGAGAAUCAGGACCGCGAGGACCUUCAGGGCAGUCGGGACCACCAGGUCCAACUGGUGGUCAGGGAAUUCCAGGAGAUGUUGGAGACCCAGGACAAAUGGGAGAACCGGGUCAUCGAGGACCUGACGGGCCAUCAGGAAAACCUGGACCUGAUGGAGAACCUGGACCUGCAGGAGCUACAGGAGAGCCAGGAUUCGCAGGAUCUGUGGGUGCCAGAGGAUUCCCAGGACUCCCUGGUCUUCCAGGUCUAAAAGGUCACAAGGGACAUGCUGGUCCUCCUGGGUUGAAAGGGGAGACUGGAUCAGUUGGAACCAAGGGUGCUUCAGGAAAUGCUGGCGCCAUGGGUGCUCCUGGUCCACAGGGGCCGCCGGGUCUGCAGGGAGAACGAGGAAGAGCCGGCCCAACCGGACCUGUGGGAAAACGUGGCACACCUGGUGAUGGCGGCAAACCUGGUCCUCUGGGUCCCAUUGGAAUCCCUGGUAUACCAGGAUUUCCCGGUAACCCAGGAAUGAAGGGUGAGGCAGGGCCAACUGGGGUGAGAGGAAGUCCAGGACAACAGGGAGCCAGAGGAGAUUCAGGACAUGUAGGACCAGCUGGAGCAACGGGACAGCAGGGUGCAGAAGGAAAUGAUGGCGGUCCAGGUGCACGUGGACAAACAGGUCUGGCAGGUGUGCAAGGUCCAGCAGGUGUGCAAGGUCCGAUAGGUGCCCCUGGUCCCCAGGGAACCACAGGAGCACAUGGACCAAAGGGCCAACUGGGCGACGUAGGAGUGCCUGGAUUCAAAGGAGAAGCUGGAUUCAAGGGAGAAAGAGGCGACCAUGGUGUUCCUGGUCCAUUAGGUCCAAUGGGAGAGGACGGGAAGCGUGGACCACGAGGUGAUGCCGGAUCCAUUGGGCCUCCAGGACCUUCAGGAGAGACUGGAGCUCCAGGAAAUCGAGGUUUCCCCGGUGCAGAUGGUUUACCAGGCCCGAAGGGAGCUGUGGGUGAACGUGGGCUGCAAGGGUCAGCUGGUGCCAAAGGCUUAUCUGGAGAUGUGGGACGCCCUGGAGAGUCAGGUUUAACAGGAGCUCGGGGUUUAUCUGGACCACUCGGUGCUCAAGGAGCAGAGGGGAAACUAGGACCUGUGGGCUCGGCAGGAGAAGACGGCAAACAAGGCUCAGCUGGUUCAACGGGAACCAGAGGUGCUUCUGGACCAAUGGGCCUGCCAGGACCUAAGGGCUUUGCUGGCGAUGCUGGAAAGAUCGGAGAGGCUGGAAGUUCUGGACCCCCGGGUCCAAGGGGACUGAAUGGAAAAGAUGGAGAGGAAGGUGCUGCUGGAUCAACUGGUCCAGCUGGUCCUGCAGGAAAAAGAGGAGAGCAUGGGCCACAGGGAGUGAACGGUUUCCAGGGUUUGCCCGGAAUGCCAGGCCCACCCGGAGAGUCAGGAAAACCAGGCAAUGAGGGUCUCUCUGGAGAGGCAGGGACUGUUGGAGCUACUGGUCCACGGGGUGAAAGAGGCUCUCCAGGAGAAAGGGGUGAUGUCGGUCCCAAUGGACUGCAAGGACCCAAAGGUAGUCCAGGUGGACCAGGACCCGAUGGACCAAAGGGUAACGCUGGACCAACGGGUGCUCUUGGUGAGCCAGGUGGUCCAGGACUUCAGGGGAUGCCAGGGGAGAGGGGCAUAACAGGACCUUCAGGCCCAAAGGGAGAUUCUGGUUCUGUUGGAGAGAAAGGACCCGAGGGUAAAGCCGGAGCUGACGGUGCUCGGGGACUUCCUGGCUCUGUUGGACCUGUUGGUUCCGGUGGACCCAAUGGAGACAAGGGUGAAACAGGCCCACCAGGCCCCGCGGGACGCAGAGGAUCUCGAGGAAUUGCUGGUUCUUCUGGUGAGCCUGGUCCAACUGGUGCUGUUGGAUUCCCUGGACCUUCUGGCCCCGAUGGUCAGCCUGGGGUCAAAGGUGAGACAGGUGAGGCAGGUCUGAAGGGAGAAGUAGGACCACCUGGAGCACAGGGGACAGCUGGAAAACCCGGAAAACAGGGACCUGUUGGUGUAACUGGACUGAAAGGUGCUAGAGGAACACAGGGUCAAGCGGGAUCUGCUGGUUUCCCUGGGCUGCCUGGUGGAAUUGGCCCUGCUGGUACUCCUGGUGUUGUUGGAGCAGAUGGACCCAUAGGUGAUACAGGAAAGCAGGGCCCCUCGGGGAUUCAAGGAGAGAACGGAGCUCCAGGACGCCAAGGAGAGAGGGGACCCGCAGGAUUACCGGGCACCCCCGGGGAGAAGGGCGACUCGGGGGAGGACGGUCCUUCGGGGCCUGACGGGCCUCCAGGACCAGCUGGCAUCACAGGACAGCGAGGUAUUGUGGGUCAGCCUGGACUCAGAGGAGAGAGAGGCUUGCUGGGACUGCCAGGUCCAGCGGGUCAACCAGGGAAACCUGGAGCCUCUGGAAGCCAGGGAGGCGUAGGCCCUGCUGGUGGUAUUGGGUUACCAGGAGCCACCGGACCAAGAGGAGACCCCGGCCCAGAGGGUAUUCCUGGAGCAGAGGGAUCACCUGGCAAAGAUGGUGUCCUAGGAGAAAGGGGUGACAGGGGAAGUCCUGGUCCUGAGGGUCUGGCUGGUGUUGCAGGUUCUCCUGGAACUGAGGGUCCAGUGGGACUCACCGGUGGUCCUGGACUAAUUGGCGAAACUGGUUCCAGAGGCGGUGCUGGACCAUCAGGACAACCUGGAGUACGGGGAAAAGUGGGCCCUCAAGGACCACAAGGAGAGAAGGGGAUUAUUGGAGACCAAGGAGAGCGGGGUCAGAAAGGUCACAGAGGUUUCACCGGUCUUGAUGGCCUCCCUGGAAUCACAGGUGCCACGGGUGACCCAGGAGCUAUCGGUAUCGUUGGACCAGCAGGACCAAGGGGUCCUCCAGGAGUUUCAGGUCCUCCAGGAAAAGAAGGAAACAUUGGCCAGUCUGGACCGAUGGGUGCUCCUGGAAGCAGAGGAGCCAUUGGAGACCUUGGAGCGCAGGGUCCAUCUGGUGAACCUGGACCUCCUGGCCUUCCAGGCCCCCCUGGACCUCCCAUUGCAGCGGUGGGAGACCUCUUUGCUGCCAUGGAGGAUUAUGACAUGAACGGCUUUGUGCCUCAAGCUGAGGAAUUCAUUGAGGACGACGUGGCAGCGGAUCCUCCUCCACUUCCGGAGUUCAACAAAGAUGAAGCCCUCCCCAAUAAGAACGUCCUCCGUGCAGACACCGGCGUCCAGGCCACGCUGAAGACCCUGAGUGGACAUUUGCAGAACCUGCGCAGUCCUGACGGCAGCAAGAUGAACCCUGCCAAAACCUGCCAGGACAUCAAGCAGUGUUACCCCCAGAAAAAGAGCGGUAAUUACUGGAUUGAUCCAAAUCAAGGCAGCACCAAAGAUGCCAUCAGGGUCUUCUGUAAUAUGGAGAACGGUGAAACCUGCAUCUCCGCCAAUCCGGCAAACAUUCCCCACAAAAACUGGUGGACCAAAUCCAUUCCCACUGCCAACGAGCCCAUCUGGUUUGGAGCCAACAUGAACGCUGGAACUAAAUUCCUCUAUGGAAAUAAGGAGGAGCAGCCUAACGCAGUGGCUGUUCAAAUCAAGCUGCUGCAGCUUUUGUCCAAGGAGUCGCACCAGAACGUGACCUACCACUGCAGGAACAGCGUGGCCUAUAAAGACGCAAAGAGCGGCAGCCUGAAGAAGGCUCUCGUGCUCAAGGGCGCCAACGGCCAGGAACUGAGAGCACAGGGCAACAUCCGCCUGCGAUACUCUGUCCUUGACGAUGGCUGCUCGCAAUCAAAUGGAAACUGGGGCAAGACAGUGAUCGAGCACAGGACUCUAACUUCAACCAGGCUGCCCAUUGUGGACUUGGCCCCUAUGGACAUUGGACAGCCUGACCAGGAGUUCGGCCUGGACAUCGGCCCUGUGUGCUUCUCAUAAAAAAAAAAAACAGCAUCCCAACGCUCUCAAAUGGCCCUCUGUAGAGGAGGAACACCGUCACCAGGAAUUAAUAAACAUGGACUCCUCGUUCUGUGAGCAUUCGAGUCAAUAAAGCUUCUUCACAUGUGGCUGCGUUUCCCACGUAACUGGUCAAGUCUAGUCUGUCCUACUGUUUCUGCACAUGCGGGACAGGUGGGAUGCUGACAUAAUUUAUUCACCCUGUCAGUAAAUGUACAAGUUCUCGACGGGGGAAAUGCACAUGGAUGGGUGGAGGAAAAGAAAAUGUCUGAGGUGAGAAAAGAAAGGACGAGAACGUGCACAAACUGGAAAAACAGCCAGUCAUAUUAAAUGCUAAAGAGAUAUUGUCGUAGGAGUGAAGAUUUACUUUAUUUUAUUAAAUACACAAUGGCUUUUUCCAGUGAGUGCAUGUACAGGGCAGAGAUUAUAUAUCACUGACUGUAGUUCUUAAUUUUAAUGGAAUAAAAUAAAUGAAAAUCACGCUUGAACCUAAAUUAUUCAGCUCUGUGCAGGAACAACGUCUCUUUCAACAUGAAACCUUUGUAUCUCCUUUUUGGUGUAAAUGCAACGUAUGGCUGUAAAUUGCAAAAAAAAAAAAAAUUGUUUAUUGUUGACUGUGGAAUAAACGUCUUUCUGUGGAA